ACCAUAUAGCCGUCUAAGGACGGGAGCGCGCUUCCCUAGAAGCACCAGGAAGAGAGCCAGCCGAUAUGGCGGCCAAGCACUACCAGGAAAUUGUGGAAGAUCAGUUAAACAGACGUCGGUACGAUGAGCGAAGAACAUUACCUAGAACUUUGCGAAAACCCGGUGCAAUUUGAAAAUGCAUCAAAUGUCAACAAUGUCUUUUUCGAUGAAGCAAAUAAGCAGGUAAUGGUGUUCGCUGUUCGAUCAGGGGGUGCCACGGGGGUUGUGGUUAAGGGACCAGAUGACAAAAAUUCGAUUGCAUUCAGAAUGGAUGACAAAGGUGAAGUGAAAUGUAUCAAGUUUUCUUUUGGAAACAAGAUUUUAGCUGUUCAGAGAACACCAAAAUCGGUGGACUUCAUCAACUUUAUGCCUGAUCUCUCACACUUGGAAUACUCCCAGGAAUGCAAGACCAAGAAUGCCUGUGUCCUCGGUUUUUGUUGGGUCAACUGGAAUGAAAUAGUUUUCAUCACCGACCAGGGAAUAGAGUUCUAUCAGGUGCAGCCAGAUAAGCGUAGUCUGAAGCUUUUGAGGAGUCAGAGCAUAAAUGUGAAUUGGUACAUGUACUGCCCAGAGACUUCAGUCAUCCUGCUGUCCACCACUGUGCAGGGUAACGUGCUGCAGCCUUUUUUCUUCAAGAGUGGAACAAUGUCGAAAAUGACAAAAUUUGAGAUAGAGCUGCCAGUGGUCCCGAAACCAGCCAAGCUUAGCCUGUCGGAGCGAGACAUUGCUGUGGCCACAAUCUAUGGCGACCUUUAUGUCAUGUACCUGAAGCAUCACUCCAGAACAGCCAACAGUCCAGGUGCUGAAGUGGUCCUUUAUCAUCUUCCCAGGGACGGACCCUGUAAGAAGACCCAUGUGCUGAAGCUGAACACUACAGGGAAGUUUGCUCUUAAUGUGGUGGACAAUCUAGUGGUGGUACAUCACCAGAGCUCUCAGACGUCCAUUAUAUUUGACAUCAAGCUGAAGGACCCAGACAGCGUCUUGAAUAUCCACCAGCCUGUUCUUCCUGCUCGCUCCAUCCACCCCUAUAAGAUUCCGCUGAUUGGCCCUGUUGCUGUGGCUACCCAGGCUCCAGUACGCUGUGAACUCUACUCCUCUACCUGGAGUGUGUUUCAGCCAGACAUCAUCAUCAGUGCCAGUGAAGGAUAUCUGUGGUACCUGCAAAUGAAGUUGCAGCCUGCAGUCAACCUUUUCCAAGACAAGGGAAAGCUGAUGGACUUCCUGCUGCACAGACGUGACUGCAAGAUGGUCAUCCUGUCUGUGUGCUCACAAAUGCUUGAUGGAGGAGAAAAGGGGAGCCUUCCAGUGGUGGCCACUGUUUUUGACAAACUCAACCAGGUCUAUAAAGAAUACUUGGAAGCAGAGCAGAGCUAUACCAUGGCAAUGGAGUCUGGUCCGAGUCGGGGUAGCACCACUCACAGGAGACCAGUCCGUACACAGGCAGUCAUCGACCAGUCCGACAUGUACACCCAUGUCUUGUCUGUGUUCACAGAGAGGAAGGAUGUAUCACACAGGUUCAUCAUUGCUGUGCUGAUGGAGUACAUCCGCUCGCUGAACCAAUUUCAGAUCACAGCGCAGCACUAUCUUUAUGAACUUGUCAUCAAAACCCUGGUGCAUCACAACCUCUUUUACAUGCUACAUCAAUUCCUUCAGUACCAUGUUCUCAGUGACUCAAAACCCCUGGCCUGCCUGUUGUUGUCACUCGAGAGCACCUAUCCCCCUGCUCAUCAGCUCUCUCUGGAUAUGCUCAAGAGGCUAUCAACAGCCAAUGAUGAGAUUGUGGAGGUGCUGCUAUCCAAGCAGCAGGUCCUGGGAGCUCUGCGCUUCAUCCGGAGUGUGGGCAGCCAUGAUAACGUCUCUGCACGCAAGUUCCUGGAUGCUGCACGCCAGACCAAGGACCAAAUGCUCUUCUACACCAUCUUCAGGUUCUUUGAACAAAGAAAUCAGCGACUACGAGGGAGUCCAAACUUUACCCCAGGAGAACACUGUGAAGAACACACCACUUACUUCAAGCAAGUGUUUGGGGAACAAGCCUUAAUGAAGCCUCUGACAGUUUAAACAGUUGUGUGUCCUUACAGCAUGUAUAAAUUAAUUGAUUGGCUCUAACCUCUUUUAAAAAAAUACAUAUUGUUGAAUAAAGUUAUGUAUACAUUUA